AUGGGAGUCACCUGUGUCGUGAUUGAGCAGAGACCGCAGCGCGGGCCCAAGAAAGGACAGCUGGAUGAGAUGCGGACAAGAAUUGCCGAACUGGAGUGGCAACUUGGGAAGCAAGUCAAUAGACCCAAGACAGCGGAACCGACACCAACAGAUGCUCUAUGUGGUAGCACCACUGCAACCACCAUCCCGCCUCUUACACUUGAUGUUGAUGAUACAAGCAAUACUUCUCAUCUGUUGAGCACAUCGGCCCUUCAAACCGUGACACCUGCAUCUUCGACCGCAACAUCCAUCAUCUUCUCUUCCUCUGCGUCAAACGAUGUCGUACCACCAACCACAAGUGCGAGUACGACUGCAACGAUGGCUGCAUUUCCGGCCAUGGAGCAUAACGUAAGCACUGACCUCCAUGGAUUGAUGGACUGGCAGGACAUGGACAUGGACAGCACCGGGGUGCUGGCAGACAUGGGAGAUAUGUUACAGUUUGACCUCGAGCCGGCCAGUCCAGUCCAGACUAUCGGGGAAUUCAAGAGGACGAAUUUGGUUUUGGCCGAUCUAAAUCAACUGUAUUUUGAUCGCGUCCAUGAUACGUUACCCAUGAUACACCGGCGGCGGUACUUUAGUUGGGCCGAUCAGGAGAAUCCAUCCCCUGCUCGAAACUGUCUGCGGUCAGCCAUGCAUACUGUUGCAGCAGCCAAGUCAGCACAAUAUCACAGUCUUGGUGAUGCCCUCUACCAAGAGACGUGUCAACUACUAGAAUCACAACACACGCGAAAACUAAGUAGAAGUGGUAGUACAUCGAUCGACAACAUCAAUGACCUCAAUCCUAAUAAGUCUUGCGCUGGACAGCAGAUUCCUCUUGAGCUGGUCCAAGCCUGGCUCCUCCUAGCACACUACGAAUUUCUACGUAUCGAUGAGCAUCAGGCAAUGCUCACGGCGGGACGUGCAUUUCGACUCGUGCAGCUGGCUCGCCUCUACGAUGUUGAUGAGAGUAGCAGCAGUGGCGGCGUCGAUGACAUGCCGCUACAUCCGUUUGAUGGCUCUGACGGCGAUGAGCACGAGGAGGAUCUUUCAUAUGCAAUUACUGAAGAAAAGAGACGAACGUUCUGGCUGGCCUUUAACUUUGAUCGCUUUCUAUGCUCACGCAACGAGUGGCCUUUGACGCUGCAGGAAGAAGCCGUCCGUACGCGUCUGCCUGCCCCAGAGGAAAGUUUUCAGAAUAACCAGCCGGUUCAGAUGUGCUUCCUAUCCGAAGUGCUCGCCGUGGCUGAUAACAUUCAGGCUGAUGCCUCUACAAUCAUACCACUUGCACCAUUCGCAGAAUGUGUCGUCCUGGCGGCCCUACAAGGUCGUUGCAUGGCCCAUCGACGCAUGUCGCUGGUCAGCAGCACUGGAGCAGACGGCGCCCAGGAAUUCUGGGCGAGGCACGAGCAAUUGGUACUAGCUAUGGAUAAGAGGUACCAGAUGCUUGCGCAAAGCGCGGCCUUCACAAUGGGCAAUCGUGACCCCAUGGUGAUCUUCACAUACAUGCUGGCCCAGAAAGUAAUCAUCAAUCUUGACAACAUCUUAGAGACUGUGCCCUGGCAGAGACAACCGCAGCAAAAGACUGCCGACCGCCAGUUACUUGCCACCUCAUAUAAAUGGCGGGCCGAGCGGGCGGCAGUCGACAUGGUGCGUCUUGCUAGGUCGGUCAGAUCAGUUGGUUGCUUCGCGUUGCAUCCGUUCAUGGCUGAUCCGCUUGCCUGUGCUGCCGACUUCUUAAUCCGAAAUACAAAGUCUGUCAAUAACAGUAGGAGCUCGGGAAAUGUAAGCGGUAUGCCCAGCUGCAUGGCCAGUAUUGCCAGCAACGACAAAGAGGUAGAGAUCCUGCUUCUUUUGCUUCGAAGCCUACGCUACGUCAAUAUUUUAGCACAAGACUAUCUCAGCACUCUUGAGUUUGAAUAUAACAGUAUUCGCAUGUAUAAUAAGCUGUGGCAGCUGAAAUAA